UUUAUAACAGAAAUCUUCAUAAAAAUAAUGAUACGCUUAUAUGUGCAAUUAUUUAUAUUUUGAAGUUUAUAUAAUUUCCUUAUGUGUAUGAUUUAUAUGAAUAAAUGUUGGGCAAGCUUGAAAGAACUCUCCUCUUUAGCCCAUGUUUUACACUGUCCUUUUGUUUCCAAUGGCGCACAAGGUGCAUGGUGUCGGCCCAUGCACACAAGUCGAAACAGUGCUUGGCAUCGGUAAACUUUAGGGAAAAUACGGGACAGUGCUCCUACAAAAGGACAUUCCAACUCCAUGAAAUGGAAUGUAAUGAGAAUACUCCUACAGCAUGGUGCGAAGAUUGCCAAGAUAGCCAUAAUACGGAUUGCCCUCUGGCUGGAACCAUACUUAACAUCCUUGGAGAACCUAUUUUAAGCAAAGCUGAAGCUAGUCUUCCAAGGAGUCUCAACUUAAAAGUUAUUAAUGGUGAAAAGCAUGUUAUUGCAGGGAUGGCAAUCCCAAAAGGGACACAAUUUGGUCCUUAUGAAGGAGACUUGGUAGUAGAUGUUGACCACAAAAUAAAAGGUGGUUUCUGCUUGAAGAUCUUCAAAAAGAACCAAGAACCUAUGUACCUUGAUACAAACAAUGAAGAUAAGUGCAACUGGAUGUGUCUUGUAAGAGCAGCAAACAAUGCACAAGAACAGAAUCUCAGUGCUUUUCAAUAUAAAGAUGGUAUACUCUUCUCAGCCACAAAAGAUAUAGAUGUUGACGAGAGACUCUUAGUUUGGUAUGCCCCUCAUUAUGGGUCUCGGCUUGGAAAAGAAGAACUUAAAUCAAGAACAAACUCAGGGGAUGAAAAAUUGUUGAAGAGGAAAAGAGAUAAUAACAGUGAGAACAUUGAGAGGAAAAGCUCAACCGAAGAAACAAUAACUCCUGAGAAAAUAAUUAAAGAAGGAGCUACAUCACCUACAAAGACAUCAUCUGUAGGCAGAGGUCAUAAGUCACAAACUAUUGGGAAGGUGACUCCAUUGGCAACAAGAAGAUCUCAUCGUCAAACAGGAAGGAAAUUUAAUGUUAAAGAAUUAUUUAAUAUUAAAGAUGAUCAAAAUUUAAAGAUAAACAAUAAUGAAGAACCAAUGCUGAUUGAGGAACAACCAGAUUUGAUCAAUAACAUUCCAGUUAAGGUGAAUGAUGGUGAUAUUCAUUCUGCUGAUGAAAAGGAUCUCUGCAGUGUACAAGGCUGUAGCAGUCAUUGUGAGAACAAUGUAAAGAAUGCAGAGGAAUGUUCUGAUGAAAAAGUUGAAGACAGUACCUCUAUUGCCAGAGGUGAAAUAGGUGGUAAGGGUAUUGAUUGGGUAUGCAUGGAAUGUAAAAUGGUAUUCAAAGAUCAGUUUGGGCUGAUUGAUCAUGUUCAGAGUGAAGUUCACACAAAUUUGCAUCUGGAAGUUAAAGCUUCAGAACCUGAAGAGAAACAAACACAACCAUCCCCACAAGGAAUUAGAAAAUCCACAAGGAUCAUAACACCAUCACCCAAGAAAGCUGCUGCGGAAGCAAUGACUAAUGUUCAAGAGGAAGAUGAAGCAUCUGAGAUAGCAGCAUCUACUGGUAUCAAGAAGCGAGGUAGAGGAAGACCACGUAAGAAUGAAAAGCAUUCAUGUGAAAUGUGUGAAAAACACUUUGAUUCACGAACCCAACUUGUUCAGCACUACUUAAAACACCACCAAGAUGAUCUUGAUAAGCUAGAAAAUGUUGAUAUUUACUCUUGCUUGGAGUGUGGAGAAGGAUUCUGGAAGAAGACUGAUUAUGAGUCACAUAUGUUAAGAUCUCAUCAAGGUAUACCCUGCAAGGCUUGCGACUUAACAUUGACAUCAAUGAAAGCAUAUAAUAAACAUGUGCUAAUGCACUCUGAAGAUCUAAUUCCAUGUGGAAUAUGUAGCAAAAGGUUCUUGAAAGCUGUUCUUCAAGCUCAUCUUCUAGAAGAACAUGGAAGGAAGGAUUUAGGUUGCUCUAUGUGCAGCCACAAGUUCCCUUCUACAAGUCUGCUCACAAGUCAUCUUAUCCUAGACCAUAACAUCAAGUUAGCCACACAAGAAGAAAGUUUAGAUGACUGUGAACAGAAAAAGUCAGAAAAUUUUACCUGUGACCUAUGCAGUGCUGUAUGUGAGGAACCAGGGUUGUAUAUUACUCACAUGCAUGAAGUUCAUCAUUUGUUAAUGUUCCGGUGUGAUUUCUGUGAAAAAGUUUUUGGAACACAGAGCAGCUUAAAGAAACAUUUAGAAGUCAUACAUUCAAUGAAGAGUGAAUAUUUCUGUGAAUACUGUGCAAAAGUUUUUAUCCAUGAGCCAUCUUUAAAGCGACAUGUAGAAGAAGUACACGAGCAAAAAACGCUUCCAUGUGACAUAUGCCUUAAGAUAUUUCCAAGUCAACGUCGUCUUCAUGAACACAUGCGCACUGUACACAAAAUCAUAGUUUCUAAACAGUCAUCUGUAAUUGAGGACUUAUUUAAGUGCAAGAUUUGUAACCAAGAGAUGGCAUCAAAGGGAAACUUACGACGCCACAUGGCAGUUCAUAGUGGACAAGGUACAGAAUCUGAAUUCAAACUUCGGAAUGACCUGAAAUGUAAAUUAUGUGGUGUGCAGUUCAACAGACGCUACCUUUACAUGGAGCAUUUGGCAUAUCAUAAGGCCAAAGGAGAGAAAGUGGAAGACCUUGAUAAUAGUGUAGACCCAGACGAUGUUACAUGCAGCCUUUGUGGACGAGUAUGUACAACUAAACAAAACCUUCAUCGUCAUAUGGCAAUGCAUGAAGAGAAACCAUAUGCAUGUGAUUACUGUGAUAAGAAGUUCCUUCAUGAGAUGUCCCAAAAGGAGCAUAUUUUAUCAGAGCAUCCUGAAGUAGACAUUGGAAUUGAUAUGUCAAAAACAUAUAAAUGUGAAACAUGCCCAAAUGUGUUCUUGAGAAGAAAUGUAUACAACAAGCAUAUGCGAAAGCACAGCAAUCUUGUCUACAAGUGCAGUCAUUGUGAUAGUGUGUUUAAACGUAAAGACAGUGUCCAUCGACAUAACUGCCGUAUUGACCUUGAUAUGCAACAUGUACUGACCUGUGAGGAUUGUGGUGCAGCAUUUAAAUUUAAGGAUAACAUGGACAGCCAUGAAUGCAAGGAAGAAGAUAUUAUAAAAUACAAAGAAGCAAAAGACAAGAUGAUGUUAGAAAUUGAUAAAUUCCAGUGUCAAGUUUGUAUGGAGAAAUUUGAUGAUCCUUGGUCCCUGAAACGUCAUAAGAAGAAGCAUUUACCAAAGUUACAUGUCUGUGAUAUGUGUGGCCGAAAAUUUCAAUUUAAAACUGCUCUUAAAACACACAUGAAAAUCCAUUACAAAGUUGUCCAUGAUACUGAAGGUAACACACAAGUUGUAAAGAUCCCUUAUCUGAAGGACUCAAUUCAGAAUAUCUGUCCUGAAUGUCACUGCCAAUUUAGCACCCAAAAAUCCUUCAUUAACCAUUUGAAGCUAUUUCAUUCAAUUGAGGCCCUGCCAUGUACCAUAUGUCCUAAAGUUCUUACCUCUGAAGAAGAGAUUAUUAUACAUACUGAAGAACAUCAGGAAAUGAUUGUCACUGACAAAGAAAUUAAAAAGCAGAUGGUUAGCUGUGCUUGUGAUCAAUGCAACCGUGUGUUUCUUGAGCCAGCCAGAUUGGCCAAGCACAAACGAAUGGCUCAUGAGAAACAACAGGAGUUUAUGUGUGACACAUGUGGAAAGAUGUUCAAUCGGAAGGACUCAUUGAAGGCACACAUCCGAACCCAUACACAAGAAACUGUGGCAAACUGCAAAGAAUGUAAUAAGAAGUUCAAAUCCCGCAUUGCAUAUGACAUGCAUUUGAAAAUUCAUCGUAAUCAGCGUGAUUUUAAGUGUACUUUAUGUGAUAAGACAUUCAUUCAAAAAGGAAAUUUGAACAAGCACCUCCUUACACACAAUCAAACAUUCAAUUUUGAGUGCGAGGUAUGUAAACGUAAAUUCAACAACCCGGCUCUUUUGAAACGUCAUGCUUUGAUCCACGAUGAACUUUCAAAACUAGUUUGUGACCUUUGUGGGCACAAGUUUACACGUCAGUACUUUUUAAAUAAACAUAUUAAACAGCAUCAUGAAUUCCAGAAUUCAUGUCACUGCGAACAAUGUGGAACAUUCUUGAAGACUGUGGCUUCAUAUCGUCGACAUAUGCGUCGCAAACAUCCGGAUGUUGCGGCUCCUGACUUCAAUCCAGUCAUGUACUCAGAUACCAGUAUGAACUCAAAAGAAAGUAAGGUGGGAAAUAGAGAUGGUGACGAAAAUGAUGAAGAAAGUGAUAUUAGUAAGGAAGGGGAGAUAAUUAAAAUUGAACAUGCUAAAUUUGAUGCAGAAUCUGGAACCGUAAUACAAGAGCUGUCUGUUCCAGCUAGUAGUCUCAGUUCAGUUCUUGGAUCUGUUAUCCAGGGUAAUCCCGAGCAAGGUUUCACUGUUCACAUCAUCCAGUCUCCUGAGGUUGUCGUCACUUCCGGUCAGGAUGGAGAAGUUCAGACUUUAGAGAAUGUAGUUACUGGAGAAACUGGCACUGAGACCAUUUUACAACUUGAUGAUGGAACUGCUGCAAAUCUUACACCAGAUGUUGUAGAGGGUGUUCGUGUGUUGCAGCAGUUUGUUGAGUUAUCUGGACGUGUGUCUGAAGCAGAGGUGACCCAGGCAACAACCCAAGUAACUUACGAGAAUGUUGAAUGACCCUUGGUCAGCUGCUAUUUAAUCAUGACAUAGUGAUAAAUAAUAUACAAUUUAGAUUUACCAUUUAAAUUUAAAAUUAUUGUAUUUCAGUUUACUAAGCUACUGUAAAAUUUACAUACCAAAACACUGAAACGCUGUUCAUUUUUAAGCUCCGUAAUUCAUAUACUGUAUCAUAUUAUAAUUAAUUUUUUAAAAUUCUUGUAGACAAUUAAGACAGGAAAAUGGGGGUGUUCUUUGCCAAUCGACAGACAUAUAAAGUAAUUCAGACUCAUUUAAGAAUUUUUUUUCCUUAAAAAAUUCUGUAAAUCAGCAAAUAAGUAGAUCAGAUUUGUGUCUUGAUCCUCUGAAAGUUUAUACUACGUGUAUUAUUAUAUUUUGAAAGGAGCUAAUUAAUUGUUUUGAUUGAUAUUUUUUUACAGACAAUAUAUCUUUAAACUGAGUAGACAUAAUGUAUGCAUAUGUACAGCUGUAAAGUAUACUGUACUAAAACAUAUCACAAAUACGUAUACCUAGAAUCUGUGGUUAUGACAUUGGCAAAAUUUACUUCUGUAAUCUAAAUAUUAAUGAAUCGUUUUGUAAAUACAGCUUUCUUAAUAAUUGGGUAAUUCAUUUUGAAACAUGGCUAUGUACUGUAGAUCCAUGGCUGCAUAUGGAAUGUAUUUUGUUGAUAAAUGUUCAACAUUUAACAUCUUUCACAUCAAUUACGAGUGACAAACUAAAAGGACUGUGUUUUGAAUAUCUGUACUGUGUGAAAAUAAGAAAAUAUAAAAUGAUGGCGCUCCAUAGUUGUAUAGUAAAAUUUGCACUUUGAUUUACAGUAGUUAAUUUUGUGUAGAUUCUAAGAAAUUAAAUUUCCUGUGGUUGUGUUAUGUUUAUACAUACUGUAAUCCGUUUUUAACUAUUUUUCAACAUGGAGUAAACCUGGUACUUCUCUGGUUUAGGUCAGACAGGAUUUUUUUCAACAGCAUUAUACCGAUACACUCAUGAAAGAAGUAUGAAUUAGUGAGGUUCAGGAUCAACUAAAACAAUACGUUAAAUGCAACAUCUUUGAAUUGACUGAUAUUUAUUAUGUGUACGUGAAUAUUGACAACGAAAACCGAAUGGAAAUGUUCAAUUUUUCAGCUACAGUAUCAUUGUCUAAUAAAAUCUGGUUUCCAUAAAGUCACUACCCUAUCCUCUGAUGCAAUCGGGAAGGUUCCUCAUUCUAGCAACCAAUCAGCAUCUUCGCUGCGAUACCUUUCGGCUAUAGUACGUAGCGAUUACAGUGCAAGCAAGUCGCUACCUCAAAGGAUUUUAUUAUAACAAGUCCAAACAUUGCAUUAUACACAGGUGUACAGUACGUACUUCAUAAAGGAUCAUGGAAAGUAGCAAAUUUAAAUUUAAAGAAAUACACAGUACACACACUUGCAAAAAUCACCAUUGUGUAUCGACAAUUUGAGAACAAGUGGUGCUCUCGAAAAUCCAUAUUAUUAGUUAUGGAAGCGCCUCGAGGUUGUGACAACUUGAGGCGCUAUAUAAAUCUAGAAUUUUAUUAUUAUAAACAUUUACAUCAACUUAUGUAAAUCAAGGCACUCAAAAAUAUAUUUUUAAAAAAUUGAAAUUAAAACAUUUACAGUAUUUAUUUAUUAAACUUUACUUCUCAAGGGUGGCUUUUCCAGCGAAGAUCCCCAGUAUGUGGUCUAAAACUUAAAAUUUCAAUUUUUCGCUCAUGGAAGACAAUAGGCCUAUACGGUACAUCUUAAUAGAAUAUUACAAUUCAUUUUUCAUCAUUUUUUCACUUCUCAGACUAAUAUAAACCAUAGUCUAAGUCUUAAUGACAAUUCAAUUAACAUUGAAACGUCAUUAUUAGAUAUACUGUAAUAUGUUAAAUUGCCGCCUUAUUGAGAAUUUUACCUUUAACUGGUGCUUACACUCUCCCAUACGCGAAUAAAGUCGAUCUGAUUUUAAGAGAAUUACUUAUACAUUAUUUAUUUGGAUGAGUAUACUAGACCUACCAUAAUGGAACAGCAAACGCAAAAAUACUCUUUCCCCCCCCCCACCAAAAAGAAAAAGAAGCUUGUGCCCCAAAUCACCAUGAAGCAAAAAACUCGCACUCAAUUAGAUAUAAAUUAGUUUGCGAUCUAGACCCCAUCAACCCACGGGGAAAAAGUUGAUUUGUAUGUUCCUUUUGAAAUUUCAACUUGUGUUUAUUUUAGUUGAAGUAUCGUUGUAAAACUUUGCUGUAUUGUUUUGGACGCACCAACUCUAUUGAAGGCUUAUAAUUCAAUCAACAUUGAGACGUACGGUAUUAUUUUAUCGGAUUAAAAUUGCCGCUUUAUUGAGAAUUUUACCUUUAACAAUAUUUGUAGACCUACUGGUAUUUGUACUUGCUCUCCCAUACGGGAAUAAAGUUGAUCUGAUUAGAAGAGAA